UUUUCCCCCAAUCUGAGGAAGAAGCCAACCACACCGCCGUCAACGCCAACGCCAACGCCACGAGGCGUUGCCGCCUCCUCCGGCGCCACCACUCUUCCUAAAAUGGCAGACUCAACCUCCCUGUUCCCUUUCCAACCCCAAGACCAAAACGACUUCAACUUGGACGACGACGAUCUCUUGGACACAGAGGAUCUGUUUUCGGAUCCCGUAAUUUGGCAAGUUUGCAAUGAUUUAACCGGAAACUCACCGCCUCUCAACCCUGCCUUCCUCCAACCAUUGGCUCAGUAUAACUGCGCUUGCUGUCAAAUCCUUCGAGAGAUCACUCACACCAAUGGCAUCAAUUUGAAGCGGCUGGAAAUUCAUGGAGUGUUUGGGAUUAUCACUCACGCUCUUCUCGGGAUUUAUGACUGUGGCUCGUCUUUGCAGACCCAAGAUUCCCAAAUGUUCGAUUUUCACAAGGAGAGCACGGUGACGGUGAAGAAUUUCUUGGUGGAGUAUUACGAGGUUUGUAGACGAGAAGGGUACAGUCCGAUGCAAGAUCCUCUCUCGACCUUCUAUGAAGCUCUUAGCGUUGGAUUCAACCAACCAGAUAACACGCCUCAUUUUCUUCAAUUCACACCAGAUAUGACAGGUGAUUUUCAAAGUGAGCAGUUGAAUGAAGCAGGAGGAUCCAUGAAGAUCCCCCUUGCUAUGCAGAGGGAAAGGACUAGAAAUCUAGGGCUCAAUGACUUUGUAGAAUACUUUCAUCUUCCGAUCGAAGAAGCUGCUCGGAAAUUGAAUAUAUGCCCUACAGUCAUGAAGAAGAUCUGCAGAAAAAAUGGUGUUGUAAGGUGGCCUUAUAGAAAGAUAAAAAGCAUUGAGAGAAAAAUAUCAAAGUCUGAGAAGGCUAUAGAAGAAAGUGCAGGUGAAGAAAAAGCCAAGGCUUUAGAGGAACUACAGCAAUACAAGAUACAACUAAAUAACAUUUAUGCAGAAUUCACAAAGUAGCAUUCUUAUUUUUUGUGGGGAUAAACUAGAUUGUUAAACUCCCUCAAAUAC